AUGACGCGACCCGCGACGACGAUCGCGCAGCUGAUGCUCAUCCGCGCGUGCCACAGCGAGGCGCUCCGCCGCCACAGCCUCGGCACCGCGCUCGGCUUGCGCACGCGGCGCGGAAUACUCACCGACAUCCCCGCUAUAGUCGUCUUUGUUCCACGAAAGGUGCACGAGGAGUGGCUGCUGCCGGCGCAGAAGCUUCCGAGGAAGCUGCAGGGACCGGGUGGGUACGAGUGUGACGUGGACGUGGUGGAGCUGACCAAUCAGAGCAGUGGCAGUAGCAGCAGCAGCCCGGGCGCUGCAGGCCACGUGGCGGGUGACGUGGCAGCACUCAGCCGGUGUUCUUCUACAUGUUUAUUCCUCCCUAUCACUUACACCAUACACCCUUCUCUACUUCCCCUCCCCCUCUCCUCUGCCCUCCUCCUCCCAUCCUUUCUCAACCUCCCUCUUCCCUCGACCCCCCAAAUGUCCCUCCCUAUACAUCUUCCCCACGUCCCCUCGUCCCCGUUACAAGCAGACUCGUUUGUGCGCACGGAUGGUGCAUACAUUCCCUUCCACGAGGAGUUUGACUUGUCAGUCGUGACGACGCAAGUGGCGGGAAUCGGCCCCAUUGGCCCGCCCCGCCGCAUCAACCUAUCAGAUGACAUCCGCAGUGUGGUGGGACAGCACGUGUGGAAGGUGGGCAGCGCCUCAGGUCUAACGGUGGGCAUCAUAGCAGCAUACGCAGUGGAGCACAGCGAGCAGGGGGGCACGUCUCUCUUCACGGAUCUCCUCAUAGUGGGCCAACACGGCCACGUGUUUGACACCGAAGGGGACUCGGGCGCGCUAGUGCUCAUGCUGCCCACAGCUGCCCAUUCACCAGCCGUGCUUGCCUCUCUAGCGCUGUCGUCUCCUCCCCCUGCUGUGCCGCCUCCUCCCCCUGCUGUGCCGCCUCCUCCCCCUGCUGUGCCGCCUCCUCCCCCUGCUGUGCCGUCUCCUCCCCCUGCUGCUCCGCAUCCUCCCCCUUCUGCUCCGCCUCCUCCCCCUUCUGCUCCGCCUCCUCCCCCUCCUGCUCCGCCUCCUCCCCCUUCUGCUCCGCCUCCUCCCCGUUCUGCUCCUCCUGCUGCACCCAUACCCUCCGCCCAGCCCCCCAUACCCACUGCACAAGCAGCAGCACUGUCACCAGAAGCACGAGCAGCAAUAGCAGCAGCAGCACCAGCAGUAACAGUAGCAGCACCAUCAACAUCACCAGUAGCAGCACCAGCAGCAGCAGCACCAGCACCACUACCACUACCACUAUCACCAUCAGCAGCAGCAGCAGCAGCGUUUCUAGUGCCAGUGGCAAUGGUGUUGGGGGGAGGUGGAAGCAGAGGCGGGAUGAAGCUGGGGAGUGGCAGGGAGGCGCAGCAGUGCAGCACUGCAGUUGACCUUUGCCGCCUGCUCUCCUUGCUUGAUUUGGACAUGGUUACCACUGAUGGCGAAUUGAUAGGUGAGGUGGUUACCACUGACAGCGAAUUCACAGAGACUUCUCAACACACCGGUCACGAUCCUCCCACUCCUGGGGAUGCUGCUGGUGGUUCUGCUGAUGCAGGUGGAAGGGGGGAAAGAGGGAGAGGGGAGGAGAUUGAGGAAGCAGGGAUUAAAGAGGAAGAGGAAGGGAAGGAGGGAGAGGAAGAGAGUGUGGGAAAGAGGCAACGAGUGGAAGGGUGA